AACAAAUCAAGCGGCGGUGGGGCAGCUGCUGACGGCCUUAGUGUGCGCCGGGCCUGGAGGCUAGGGAAGGCCCCGGGAAGGUGCUCACGUGUCUCCUAGGUGACUAGUCUGCUGCUUUCGUCCCAGCAGCCGGCGAGACGCCAGACAUGCGGCGGCCCAACAUCCUGCUCACGGGUACUCCUGGUGUAGGGAAGACUACACUGGGCAAAGAGCUUGCAGCAAGAGUAGGGGCAACAUAUGUUAAUGUGGGUGAUUUGGCAAAAGAAGGGGAAUUAUAUGAAGGCUUUGAUGAGGAAUAUGAAUGCCCAAUUUUGGAUGAAGACCGAGUAAUUGAUGAACUAGAAGACAAAAUGAAUGAAGGUGGAGUUAUUGUUGAUUAUCAUGGCUGUGACUUCUUCCCAGAACGUUGGUUUCAUAUAGUAUUUGUACUUCGCACUGAAAACUCAUUUCUGUACGACAGACUUGAAAGCAGAGGGUACAAAGGGAAAAAACUACAGGACAACAUUCAAUGUGAGAUUUUCCAGACUAUUUAUGAAGAGGCAAUGUCAUCUUAUAAGGAAGAAAUUGUACACCAGUUGCCUAGUAACACGCCAGAGGACCUGGAGCGGAAUUUAGACCAGAUUGUACAGUGGAUUGAGCAGUGGAUGAAAGACAACAACUGAAAUUUGAGGAAAAAGGAACAUGUUGGACUUUUUUUCCCCAGGUUAUUCUGACCAUUCAAUAAAUGAAAUUUGUAAUUGUGGCAUGGCUAACUAACCUUUCUUUGUUCAGUUGCACUUCAGGGACUAUGAUUUUUUAAUCUGAGAAACUGAGGAAUUAUAAUAAUGAUUGAUCAUACUGAUGAAUCUGAUAUGGUUAAAAUAAUGCCAACCACUGAAGGAUGGAUUUUGUCCUGAGAGGAGCUGGGAUCUAUAUUAUAAAAUGGUCAUAGAGGGAAGUCAGGAGCACACAUAGGCUGUUCUUACAUUAGAGAAAGCUCCAGACUACAAUGGAGUGAGUAUAUAUUUGAAAGCUUAUGUUCAUGGUAGGUAAUGUGAAAUGCAUGACUUUUGUGAGCUGUUUUCAAAUGCUAAGAUAUUUUAAAACAGCAGAAGCUUCUUCAUAGCAUAGAGGAGCAUAUCAUCAAAUAUUUCUCCAUACCGUAAACCAUUGCUCAUUUUAUGUUGAUUAAAAGUCACCCAAAGUGAAUAAAAUAAAGUUUUUGUGAAUGGAA